GUGAAAACUGUCAAAUCACAACGAAAAUGACAUUUUUGACAUCUACCUACGCACUUCACCCUCACAUAGUUCUAAAUCCCACCGCAAUGUACCAGUGGCGUUAGUAUACAACAAAUGACAACCAGAAUGACAACCACUAACCUCACGUACUCCAAUAUGUAACAAUCCACCGCAACGCCUGCAAAAUGCAAGUCACAAGCGUCACAACUCACCCAAACUGCAUCUCUUCUCCUCCACCGUAUACAUAAAAUCGGUAAAGUUGUUAUUGCGUCAUGCGUCACAAUCGAGAGUGAUAGAGAGUGAGUACGAAACUGUAUCGUUCCACUAUGCAUGCGCAUGUGUUGAACUGAACUCCUGCUGGCCUCCUGCCACUCUGCGCACACGCCGCAGACACACAGAACGAGACACACUCUUCCACACUCCCAUAAGAUCAAGUGAGAAGCACACAUUGUAUCCCACAUCCAUCGCGAGCAGUCAACAACAGCAAGCCACACACACUACACACACCACACAGUCAGUCCGCGUCAGUUGCGCCGCGACCCCGCGACGCUCAGCUGUUUCACUACUCGCCUUCGACGCCCCAAACAAAUCCACGAUUCGGUCGAAAACAACAGUGUAACAACAUGUGAUCAUUUAAAAUUUGCGUGUUGAUUAUCUUGAGUCAUUCCCGGCGUGACUUGUUCGACAAACAUUCGAUUGUCUGAUUGUCGUUGAUUCGAUUAGUCAUACAAUAGGAUUUCUUGUGCUUUGUUUGUGUGUCGAAUGUUGUUGUAAUCUGUGUGUGUUUAUAUUUAAAUUAAUUUUAAUUUAAUUGGUGAACGAUUUAUGUUUGGGUAUUUUAUUGCUAUGAAUUUGGUGGAUUUGGAUUCAUUGACGUCAAUCCAAGGAUCAACGCAGACUAUUCGUCGAGAUACGCUUGAUUGCAAAGGAACCAUGAAGAACACCUUCUAGCUCCAAAACCCAGCAUACCACCAAACAUUUCUUAAUAAAAUUUAAGAAACCUUAAAAAAAAACAACGAUAAAAAUGCCAGCAACACUCUCAAAACUCCUCGAGCGUCAUGGCGUCCUCGCCGCCAUGACACCCCAAAACCUCUCCCGCGCAUUCGUCGGCGCCGUCCUCAUCACCUACGGCGUGAAAGUGGCCUACCCCCUUGUGGACUCCCUCAUCAACAAACCGAACAAACAACACGACAGCGUCAACAACAACCUAGUCCCUGUCCUACCAUCAAAACCCUCGGAACCCAAAGGUAUCCGCUCCCGCCUACGCAAAAACAUCCCCGCCCUAAACUUUACCUUCAUCCUACAAUUCCUCAAACUGGUCCGCAUCAUGAUCCCCAACCUAUUCUGCACAGAAACCGCACUUUUGAGUGGUCACACCAUGUUCCUCUUCCUGCGGACCUUCCUAAGCAUCUACGUGGCGAACCUAGAGGGCGCCAUAGUCAAAUACAUCGUGCGGAAAGAACCCAACUUCAUUAGACAACUCCUCAAGUGGUUCGGAGUCGCCAUACCUGCAACCUUCAUCAACUCCAUGAUCAAAUACUUAGAAUCGCGAAUUGCUCUGGCGUUCAGGACCAGAUUGGUCAACCAUAGUUACCAGUUAUACUUCAAGAAUCAAAGCUACUACCGAGUGACAGUCUUGGAUGGCAGGUUGGAUAACUGCGCGCAAAGAUUAACGGAUGACAUAGAAAUUGUGGCGAAUACUGUGAGUCAUCUUUAUGGUCAGAUUACGAAACCGUUGUUUGAUAUUUUAUUGAUGGCGAUUGCCCUGGCGAAUUUGACCAGGAGUAGAAAUGCGAAUAUUAUCACAGGACCUAUUUUGAUUAGUGCGGUUGUGGUUGUUUCCGCGUUGAUUCUGAGACUGGUCAGUCCUAGAUUCGGACAGUUGGUCGCCCAGGAAGCAGAGAAGAAAGGGUACCUUAGACAUGUGCAUACCAGAUUGGUUACCAAUGCAGAGGAGAUUGCUUUCUAUGGUGGGCAGAAGGUGGAGUUGUCACAUUUGAAGAAUGCUUACAGAAUUCUGUGUCAGCAUAUGGAGCAUAUGUUUGGGGUCAAGUUGUGGUUUGUGAUGUUGGAGCAGUUUUUGAUGAAGUAUGUGUGGAGUGGGACUGGGAUGGUUGUGGUAUCCCUGCCGAUUUUGAUGAAUGCGACAAGUGGUGGGGGUAGUACCAGAGAGGAGAAUUCUAAGAGUGAAAGUAAAAGUUCUUUUGCUGCUAAUGUGGUUGGAAGUACAGGGGAUGUGCCCAUAAUGGUUCAGGGUGGGUCUCCGAAUGGAGAUUCUAUAUCUGAACGCACGCAUUAUUUUACCACCGCGAAGAAUCUGUUGCUUACUGGGAGUAACGCCGUGGAGAGACUGAUGUCUUCGUAUAAGGAUGUUGUGGAGUUGGCUGGGCAUACUGCGAGGGUUGCUAAUAUGUUCCAUGUGUUGGAGGAGGUGUCCAAUGGGCAGUAUACGAAGACUGUGGUGCAGAAAAAUGGUGGGGAUGAUAUCAAGAGUGGGUUUCAGAUUGAGUUCAAAGGGGACCAGCCUGUACCUAAAGGAAAGAUAAUCUACACCUCAUCAAACGAAAUCGUCCUUAAAAACGUCCCCAUUGUAACACCGAAUUGUGACGUAGUGUGUCCCACCUUGUCCCUACACCUUCAACCAGGCGAACAUUUAUUGAUCACUGGUCCCAAUGGAUGUGGCAAAUCCUCCCUAUUCAGAAUCUUGUAA